GAAAGCAUCACAGUCGAGCAAUUGGCGGACCACACUACCCUACAGUCGUUAUGGAUCGCGGUUCACGUAUACGACUUGACAGCCUUCAGCUCCGACCACCCUGGCGGCAUUGAGGCACUCGAAAACUGCGCAGGAACUGACGGUACCGAGGCGUUCGAGUAUGCCGGCCACAGCGAAGGAAAUAUCGCCAAUAUGCAACAGUACCGCGUCGGCAGGCUUGUCGGAAGC